AUGACCAGGGUUCAACUCCCUGCGAGGUUAGAAGAACGGGUGCUCGGUGUUUCGGUGAAGUUGGCCGAAGGGUGGUGGAUACUAUUAGCUGAGAAGAUCGCUGAAGUUCUUCAGCGAUCCUUGAUUGUUGUCAGUAGUGAAAGAUUGAUAGAGAUAGCUACACCUACAUCGAGAUACAUCGCCAUCAGAGAAAACCCCCCAGAUAGAGUAACUUCGCCGAAGUUACACCCCUUUCGAUGUCUGCGCCCUCCUGUUUGGGUGAGACAUCGCCACCGAAGAGACAAGUUAGCCGAGGUUCGUCGACCGUUGGUCCAUAGAGAGAAGUGUACGACGGCCGUGACAGUAUCAAGGAUCGCUCUUACCGACGACCCGUGCGAACCUCGGAGAAGUAAGAAGAUCAGAUGGAACCAGAGAGACGAGUUACGCGAAGUUCGAGUAGGGACAGGGAAGCAAUGGAAGAGAAUGAGAGGAGAGCCCUGGAGGAGCUUAGUAAGGCGAUGGGACAACAUCUUGGGGGGGAGGGUAGCAGUGGGGAAUCAACACAAGGAGAUGAGUUCGUUCCACCUGUACCCUCUCACCCUGCUAGUCCCCUCUCUGAUCCCAUUCCAUCUGUGGGAUCCCCAAUUGAAUCUGAACGAACCCCGCGGCCUGGAAGAAACACUGGAAGCGAGGGGAACUUUGGAGAAGAAGGGACACAGUCAAUGA